UGUUGCGGGCGGGGGCCCACUUCCCACGUCCGCGGUACAGGCGAGCGCGUUCUCGGCUCCUGCCCGGCGUAACCAACGGAUGAUGGGGGCUCUGGGCGCCCGGCGCGGCCUGGAGUGGCUACUGGGCCUCUACUUCCUCUCCCACGUCCCCAUCACUCUGCUCCUGGACCUGCAGGUGGUGCUGCCGCGCGAUCUCUACCCGGUCGAGCUGACAAACCUGCUGAAGUGGUACAUGAAGGAGUUCAAAGACCCUCUGCUUCAGGCCCCCCCAGCGUGGUUUAAGUCCUUCCUGUUUUGCGAGCUUGUGUUCCAGCUGCCUUUCUUUCCCGUAGCGGCGUACGCCUUCUUGAGAGGAGGCCGCAGGUGGAUCCGCACCCCUGCAAUCAUCUAUUCAGUUCACACCAUGACAACGCUCAUUCCAAUCCUCUCCACGUUUCUAUUUGAUGAUUUCUCCAAAGCCAGUGGUUUCAAAGGACAAGGACCUAAGACUUUCCACGAAAGACUUACCCUCGUCUCUGUCUAUGCCCCCUACUUUCUCAUCCCUCUUAUGCUUCUGCUUUUCAUGUUGCGGAGCCCCUACUACAAGUACGAGGAGAAAAGGAAGAAAAAAUGAAUGACAGCAGUAAUGACUGGCCCCAGGGGGAGAAGCCCACAGCGUGGUUUUCCUGUUGGACCCGGUAUGAGGAAAACUGCUCCGAACCCAUGUCUCCAGUAGCAUUUGAAACACACCAGCAACACACAAAGAGCAAGACUCUGGCAGGAGCCACAUCAGAACCUUGCCUUCUGAGGACACUGGUGCCAGCAGACCAGGCAGCUGAGCACAGACAGAAGGGUGUGGGCUGGCUUAUAGGGAAGCGGUGCCAAAUACCUCCCCGUGGCCCCGAGUUCCACUGUGAGCAGGACCAGACCAGAUCCCGGAUAAACUUCCAAGAAACGUGGUCUGCUUGGCAUAUUCAUGAGUCCCCUGACCCACAGUGCACAUGUGAUUAAAACCCUUGACUCCUGAUUCUUUGCAGCAUAUCCUUUAUCAGCAAAAUGAAGAGUGGGAUUUCUGGGGUCAUUUUUAAGUUUGAAAUUAUGCCUCUUUAAUAUGCAUUAAAAACUAUCAUGGCUUUUUUUUUUUUUUUUUUUUUUUUUUGCCUCCACCCUUGGUUGGGGGAAAGUUUCUGCAAGAGGCCUAAACUCAAUUUUACUCAAGGGUCAGCUCUGGCCUGACUUUCAGAAAUGGAUUAAGCUUGAAGGUGUUUUGUUUCUGUAUUAAACAGGUCAUCCCAGAAAAGACUUUUUUUUUUUUUAACCUCCUGAUUCCUUCUUUCCAAUCCUUAAUCUUCUAUGUUUUUACAGACUACCUGAAAUUAAGUCCCUUCCCUCUGAGGUCUGGUGCCUCACACCUGAUGUGGAAUGUGCUUCCUGUUGGAUAACUGCACAUUUCCUGAGAGUUUCGUCAUCCUUCCUGGCUUGUUCUGAGUAAAGGGGCAGCAAGGCAUGACAUGUCCAUUGUGUAAAUGCUGGCUUGCUUCAUUGGGUUCCUUUCUCUAAAUCAUACUCAAGGUCAACUCAAAACACACACACAUACCUGUGAACACACAUGGGAAAUGAGAACUGGUCCUGUCUGGUUCCCUCUUUUUGUCUGUUUUGCUCACAGGCCAUGCUGGUCUGCUUGUUGGGAGUAUCGUCUGACUCAUGUGUCUGGUCCAAAUAAAGGCACCUGCUGACCAC